CAAAUGUAAAUUACGAGUAUGGAGAAAUUACAUCGAAAAAACAUGUUAAAAGGAAUCGUGCAGACGGCGUAGGAUUCAUGGCAGAUGCUGACAAGUAUCAGCGCGUCUAUAUGGAAGGUUCGAGGCCGGUAGCAAGGGAUGAUAAGGAAAUUAACGAUCUAGAAAAAAUAACAA